AACGACUACGCGACACAACGACGACUCGGUUCGCCGCCGCUGCCACCGCCACCGCCACCGCCGCCAUAGCGCGCAGCUAGAGACCCCCUUCUGGCGUAAUUCGCGUCGCCGAUCUCGCUAUCUCGAAUUUGGCGAGUGGUUUUUUUCGCGGUGAACGUGGUACGCCGAACGAGGAACGGGGCAGGCGGACCUAGGCUGACGCGCGGCGUCGUCGCAUGCCUCGGAGGCAUCGCGUCGCGGCGAUUGUGUUUGGUCACGUGACCGCACGAAACCGACCGUGGGCCGUGAGAAAUGGCGCAAAGAUCAGAGUGCAUCGGACAUGGACGGAACCAGCUCGUUGCCGCGGCGAUGUCAUUUGUGUUUGUUUACAAGCGUGCGAGCACGCGCGCCACGUGCUGAGUGAGGAGGCGAGAUCAAGAGAGGAGAGGAGAGGAGAGAGAGAGAGAAGAGACGAAACGAGAGGUGGCGACGAGGUGAGUGGCGGUAGGAGGGAAGGAGCAGAGCAGCCAGGUAGGUCCCCCAUCGCGACGGUCCCCCGCGCGGGGCCCGUACCCCGAAACACGCGAGGUUGACAUCGCCGGUGUCGGCGGCGACUGCAGCGACCACGCUCAAAAGGACCACGGCGACCUACGACAAUAAUGACGGGCAGAGGCUCGAAGAGGCGGGGGCGCCCGCCCAAGUCUGUAGUGAUGGAGCGACCGAAAAAGUUUCAGUAUCACCUGAUGAAGAAGCCCAAAUACCUACAGAACAGGACCGGUACUCCCGGCGGUGCUGAGACUCCAGGCUCGCAGCCAAGCACUCCAACGGCGUCACGACCGACUUCGCCGUCGGUCGAGAGCGAGGAGAGCAGCAAGCGCAGCACGCGGAACCAGCGUAAGUCGCGGAGCGGUCGCGACAGGCACUCUCGCAAGGGUGGCCACUCGGGAGCCACAGGUGGUGGUGCCUAUCAACGACGUGGGUACAAUCCCAAUGUGGAUUAUCAUGAUUCUGAAUAUCAUUAUGGUUCCGAUUUUGGUGAUGAGUCCAGCGAAAAGAGCGAACCAGAGGAAGAGCAAUUACCCAGUGAUGUAGAUUCGUCCGAGAGCAUGGAGGAGCCUGAUCCUUCAAGCGACAGCGAUUUCUCACUCUCUAGUUACAGCACCACUAGUGGUACUCCCAGGAAAACAUUGUUGAGUCAACAGCGGCCACCUAGUCCAGAACCAUUGUGGCUCCAAAACAGAGAAUUGCCACCAUUGGUAUUACCUAAGUCUUCAGAUGAUCUGCUGGUAUCCAAAGAAUUGGUCAUGCCGUCACUCUCCAUCUAUGAAGUACUAAGGCAUUUUCGCACUUUGGUACGUCUCUCCUGCUUCAGAUUUGAGGACUUUUGUGCUGCACUUAUUUGUGAAGAUCAGACUAAUUUACUGGCAGAGAUUCAUAUUAUGCUGAUCAAGGCACUAUUGCGAGAAGAGGACUCACAGCAAACACAUUUUGGUCCAUUGGACCAGAAGGAUUCGGUGAAUGUUAGCCUGUACUUCGUGGACUCUAUGACAUGGCCGGAAGUGCUACGUUCAUAUGUAGAGAGCGAUAAGGGUUUUGAUCAAAACAUUUUACAGAUCUUAACCACUACUGAAUAUCCUUUUACUGCCAUCGAGGAUAGAAUCAAGGUCCUACAGUUUUUAACAGAUCAGUUCUUAAUUACAAAUCCUGUGAGAGAAGAUCUAUUACAUGAAGGAACUAUGCAUUAUGAUGAUCACUGCAGAGUUUGUCAUCGAUUAGGAGAUUUAUUAUGUUGCGAGACUUGCCCAGCUGUAUUUCAUUUAGAAUGUGUAGAACCGCCAUUGGUUGAUGUUCCUACUGAAGAUUGGCAGUGUAGCACGUGUAAAGCCCACAAAGUGAUGGGUGUUGUGGACUGUAUACCUGAUGUUGAAAAAAAUGGAUCGUUAUGUAGACAAGAACACUUAGGAUUCGACAGACAUGGCAGAAAAUAUUGGUUUUUAGCAAGAAGAGUUUUUGUUGAAAGUGAAGAUGGCGAAGUAUGGUAUUAUAGUACACCUUUACAAUUAGAAGAGCUGAUGCUUGCAUUAGAUCAAAACGAAAUGGAAGUAGCGCUUUAUCGCGAAUUGUCGGAUUACAAAGAAGAAAUAGUCCGACAAAUGGAACUUACAGAAACCAUUACUAAUCAAUUCAAAGGAAAUAAGAAAUCAUAUUUGGAAACAGAAAACAAUCUUAUACAAAAAAUACAAAAAGAACGACAAGAAAAAGAAGAGGAAGAGAAAAAAGAAAAGGAGAAACAGGAAGCGGAAGAAAUGAUACGCAAAAUGCAUGAGAAUACUGAUUCUGUCGAGGAGAAUACGACGACAAUAACAGAGCAGAAUGAAACGAAGGUAUCUGGUGAAGAAUCGACUUCAGCUACACAAGUACCCGAAGUAGUUAGCGAAACUGUUGAGAUUGAUACCGAUGUAUCGACAAAUAUGGACAAAACUACGAAAACUAGCGCCUCAACAUCAUCCUCUGAAGAUAUCGACGAAGACACAUUAGAAGGCGAGGAGAAAAUUGGUAAAGAUGGCAAAAAGCAUACUAUCGUGACAAGAUCGAAAACUGGUUCAUUGCAACCGCGAACCUUUAAUAUGGAUGAUCUAAAGAGACGAAGUAUGGCACCAUUGUCGAAAGAGGAGCAAGAGAAAUUAGAUAAAAGUCUAAAGGAUUCUGAAAAUGACAACAAUACUAGAGUAACACGUCAGAAAGCACAUCAGAUCGCAUCUGGCACGCACUUAUUUAAAUUGGGCAUGGAUAACAACUUUAAGUCAUACGUUAAUCAGUAUACUACCAAUCCCAUCGCAUUGAAUAAGACGCAGAGAAACGAAGAACGCGAUAAGAAGCGUCACUUGUCGCACAAGUUUUCGCUCACGCAAGCAUCGGAGUUCAAAUGGGUGGGCAGUUUAACGGGCACCCGUGCUUUGUUAGUCAGUACCUUACGGCAAACGAUCUUGCAGCUCGAAAGCAAUAUUCAGGCGUCGUUUAUGCACACUAAUUGGCCACUGUUGCGCAAACCAUGGACAGCAGCAGUGGGUGCCUGCGUCAAUCCGCGGGAUUUUGCGCGUACUCUUAUCGUUCUACAGGCGUGUAUCAAAUCUGUCGUAUUCGCGAGCGUGUGGCAUGACCAACUUGGUCAUGUGAAACUGCAACGAGUAACUGCACUCGAGCGUGAAGAGAAAAAGCGUCAAGACAAGAAGGAGAAAAAGGAAAAGGAGGACGAAGAGGAACGUAAUCGGCUCUUCAACUUCGUCAAAUACACACUCGGUCUGAAACAUCAGGUGUGGAAGCAAAAGGGCGAAGAGUACCGGGUGCACGGCCAGGGUGGUUGGCUAUGGAUAUCGGCUAGACGACGUUACCGAUUUUCGGACGCGACAAAGAUGGGCUUACGUGCCGGUCCACAGAAAAUUAUGGUACAGAUAAAGGAUCAGGGUGGUCUAAAGAUACUCGCACUAGAUCCACCCACUUAUGAAUUUCUUAUCAAAGAGUACUGCCCAAGUAAGACGGAGAAUGGUAUUGUGAAACAAGAAAUCAAAGAGGAAGAAGCAGAAAAUAAUACCGUAAAACAAGAGUGUAAUGCAGAAAAUAUAAAAAAGGAGCCUACGACUGAUAAUGAAACGAACGGCAUUGAUUCUUCUGCAUCGGUAAAAUCGGAAUCCCAAUCAGUCAAACAAGAAACGAAGAUGAAUCUGUCAUUUUUAGCUGGCAUGAAAAUUGAAAAAGUUUUUACCCCAAUUACUGAGUUUGAAGAAAUCAAUAUCAGUAAGGCGCUAACCACGGCUGGAAGAUUGCACUAUCCAAAAACAGCGAAAAAAACAAGGAUCGACGACUUCUUGACGCGUAGAACACAUCUGAAGCUUUUAGAAGAAAGAAAAUUGCAAUCUGUAAAAACGAAAGAAUCAAGUCAAACGCCAAAUCAGAAAGGUGGAGAUGGCGAUUCCUCGGAGGUCGAUAUGGAGAAUCAUGAAGAGAACGACGCAGAUAAUAAUAGCGCUGUUGGCGGUGGCGGUGAUGCUGCUUCUCUUUUAUCAUCGUCCAAACAACAGCAGCGAGUGAACAAAAUGGCAGUAACCAUGUCUGCAUCCACGAAAGAAAUGCUAGCAGCGAUCACUAAGCGCAUUCAACAGGUGCGCUUGCAAUACGCGAAUGCCUCGAAGCUCUGCAAGAGCGGCGGGUGUUACUCGCGUUAUUGUAACUUGAACAACCCUACCAAUAAAAAUAAUAUCAUUAAUGCACAAGUCAUCACUACGAAUAUCAUCGAUACCUGCUAUUCACCUUUGUGCAUGCGAAAGAUGCAGAUAAAACGCGAUCUGAUUGCGCUAAUACACAAAGCGAAUGCUCUAAACAACAAUCAAUCCUCUUCUUCAUCGCCCUCGUCGCAAGUCACCGUAGCUUCUGUGAAAACGAAAACUUCGGACGAAACAAAAGAUGCGAUCAGACGAGAUUUAGAAUCAGCAGUGGCGUCGGCGACUCACUGCAACGAAGAAGCAGCGACUAAUGUGACGAAGUUGAAAGAUGCCACUUCUUCACCGCCUUCAAAAAAAAUCAAGCUUGAAAAUAAAACAAGCGAGAACGCUGCAGUGACGACCGUCACAACGAGUAAUGUUGUUACGACUACUACAACAAUUACAACGACUCAACAGACGACAAAGACUGCGGAUGGCGUGGUGCAGGAACGUUCUGCCGUUAAUCGUAAUUCCAUGACUGUCUCUUCGUCGGAAACUACGACCACAACAAUGAACAAAAGCGGUGCUAAGACGGUGAUGAUCGUAAACCGUAGAGGCAGAACGGUACAGCGAAGUACCUUCGUCAAAGAAUUACAUGCUGACGGUUCUGAACGGAUAUAUACGGCUAUAUCAACAGAAGGUAAAGUCUACUUAAAGAAAGUAACAUCCACGAUGGCCGAUCGUAAGAAGAAACGCACACCAGUCAAAUAUCCACUCUGUUCGACAUUUUGCACUAAGAACAAACAACGGAGUAUAUUGGUACUUCCUCAGCACGAGUUGAGGAAAUUAUCCCGCGUCGGCGGUAAAAUACCCGUGCAAGGAUUUCACCAUCAGGCCAAGGCAAAUUUGUCGGUGUGGCCAUAUCCAUGCCCCAGACCCUUAUUCAAGACUUGCUGGUUAUACAGAACAGUUGGUCUGAAAUCGCUUGCCGCUGCCGCGAUUCAGCUGAGAAUACUCUGGGCGUGUCUCAGGUGGGAUGACAUGGCGGCCAAGCCAUUGUCUACCGAUGGUAAAAAUCAAAUUACUACUGAUACGGAGAUUAUGUCGCUGGAAAUAUUGAAGCAUCGACACGUCGGGCAGUUCCUCGACAGGACUCAGUAUCUACGCAGAAAAGUUGUUAUACCACUCGAACUUCCAAAGCAAGUCAGAGAGGUAACAUCCAUAAGGAGUGGUCUACGAAAAAGGAAACGCCCGGAAUCUCCGCAGAGCACCGAACCACAGGUUUCUGAGGAAUGGGUUGAUGAAGAUAAAUUGGAGCUAUGGGAGAUUAAACAAUACGGCGACAGGAGUCGCUCGGGAGCACCGCAAUCAGUGAUCAUCAGCGGCGGCAACAAAACUGUCACUACUGCCGCCACUAGUGGUACAACCGGUCUGACUGGCGACCAGCUCGUAAGUGGCAAAGCAACACCGGAGGAGAUCAAGGAGAAAAUGGAACAGCAGUUGCGUAUGCAGCGAGCAGCCCAUCAGCAAAAGCGUGCUCUAGAGACUUUAAAGAAUCAAUCUACAAACUCGACAUCACCUGCCACUCAGCUCGUCAAAGUUACAGCUAAUUCCUCCCAUGAUGGCACCGUUAAAUUGGUUUCGAAAGUUGCGAUUCCGGCGAACCCCAAUAGCACAAAGUCGCAGCUGACAUCUCUUUUGACUACACCUACGCAAAAUAAAACUUUCAUCGGUACACGGCGAAUUUAUAUGACGAAAUCUGCUGACGGAACUACUAAGGUAGUAUCUGGGCCUACUAGUAUUUUACCAAAAACACCACAAGCUCAGGGAUUAAAUCAACAAUCUUUGAUCAGAGUGACGCCAACAACUACUAAUUCACCUGUACAAGUACAGCAAAGAGUGCAAAUUCUGAGAGGUCCGGACGGAAAGCUGCAAGUACGUGGCUUGUUGCCCGGUCAGCAGUUGGUCCAGAUGCCAGACGGGAAACUGCAUGUACUGAACGUUAAUCAUACGGUGAGCACUUCGCCUGCACAAGGCACUCGAACAAAUUCUACAACCUCCACGACCACUACACAGGCAAAAACUGUGGUUAGCACGGCGAAAACGGCGACAUCAGAGAACACGACUGCAACUAAGACCAGUCCGACAAAAACAACAGCGAAUUCAACGCAACAAGCGCAAACGCCACAACAAACACAGGUGGUGCAGACUGUCCAACGCGUAAAAUCUACAACUAUGACUCUGGCACCCAAUACAUCAGUUACACCGACGAAGAAUGCCAUUAUGGUCACUAAUGCAGGACAAGCCGCGCAGGUAAUAUCUUCUGGUGGACAAGUAAUAAGCGGCAAUCCGAUAGUGGUCACAAACGCAAAUCUCGUUCAACAAUUGGCAUCAGGCAAGGCUCAGUUGACUGCAAUCGGCAAUCAAGUAGUGAUACGUAAUGCAUCCAACCAAAUUGUACAUGUAAACUCAACUAAUGGUGGAUUUAUCGUAAAAGGUACCGUCGCCGCCAAACAGCAACAAGCUUUGCAAACCCCGCAAACUUCAACGAUUGCGCAAUCAACCACGAAUGACAAAUACAAGUACAACACCAACCACCGCGAAUUCCUAACGGCAACUUCCACCGCAUCAGUGACAACCACUCAGAGUUCCACCACGACUCCAGUUCCAGGAAGUAUUGAGGCUUCUUUACUGGCAGGACAACCACCCGGCACGAUAAUUAAAUGCGUAACAGCGCAAGUUAUUCAGACAGCUGAAGGUCCGCGAAUUGUGCUACAAGGUUUGCAAGGUGCAGAUUUUACGCCACAACAAUUAAACAUGGUGCAGCAACAAGUGAAGCAGCAGCUUCUUAAAGCGCAUGCAGCAACCGGCAAACAGGGUGUCUUAGGACCCACAAAGAUUUACUUGGCCGUUCAACCAGCCCAAUCAUCCAAUAAUCAGCAAUCACAACAGCAACCUCAGACUACGCAGGCUUCAUCAGCUGCGAGUACUCCGGUGUCAACUUCAAAACAACAGCCUGUAAUUUCUCCAUCGUCUACUACUGAAUCGCGAAGCGCCAAUGAAACCAUUCCAGAAACUCCGCAAGCGACAACGCCAAAGUCGACGGACAAACCGAAAGUAGUUGUUCAACAAGUAGGACGCGUGGCGAACGUGACAGAAGAUGAUAUACAAAAGACAAAUAUAGCCAACGGACAACAACCUUCGCAGGCGCUGAAAGAAGGAAAUGACUCUUCGCCCAAUAAAUUUAUAUUAACGCCAGAUUAUAUUCAACAAACGAUUAAAAAUGCUUUAAAACAAGAGAAUUUAAAUCCGGAGAUAGAGGAGAAAUUGUUGCAAUUGCAACGUUACCAGGAAAAACAAAUGAAAGGUGGCAUAGAGAAUUCUGUGGCUAGUAAUCAGACUCAUAAUUCACCCGCGGCAACGACGCCACGUCCACCGUCACGCAAACGACCGGCGCCGUCAUCAAACAUUCCAACGGUGACGGUGGCAACAACGCCGACAAACAUACAAUCAUCUGGUGGUAGUGAUGACAAAGAUGAUAAAGAUUGGGUAGAGACACCCAGAAAGAGACCGGCAUUGAAACAAGAAAAUCGCGAAACGAUCUCAAAAGUGCCGAAGCUAUCGGAAGCAUUAGAUAGCGAAUCGUCACCUAAAAACCGAUCUGCAAAAUUAAAAGACAGUCAAGAACAGCGAAGAAAGCAACAAGUUUAUUCUCGAAUGCAAGUUUUAUUGUUCCGGCAUAAGGAACUUCUUAAAAAAGACAUUCUUAAAAAGAGAGCAUUACUCGAGAAAGAACUUCAAAUCGAUAUACAGAAGGACCUAUCAGCGGAACUCGCUAGCAGAACGAAAGCCGAGAGGCACAAACAGGACGAAGUAAAAGUAGGCAGUGCGAAACGAAAAGCCAAUGCUCAAGUGGCUCAACAAGUUAGCCCGUCCAAUCGAAGUGGUAGUAGCAGACCGAAGAAACAUAAAAGUCAAAGUAAUAGCAUGACGCCUCCUGGUGGCUCAACGGCCACAACUCGUAUUAAAAAAGAAAAGCUAUAUUGUUUAUGCAGAACUCCUUACGACGAGACCAAAUUUUAUGUGGGAUGCGAUUUAUGUAAUAAUUGGUUCCAUGGUGAUUGUGUGGGUAUAACAGAAGAAAUGAGCAAAUCUUUGUCAGAAUUCGUUUGCACGGAAUGCAGACAUGCUAGAGAUACGCAAGAAUUAUAUUGCCUAUGUAAACAGCCUUACGACGAAUCUCAAUUUUAUAUAUGCUGUGACAAAUGCCAAGAUUGGUUCCACGGUCGGUGUGUUGGUAUUCUUCAAUCAGAAGCCGAUAAUAUUGACGAGUAUGUUUGUCCGAAUUGCCAGCGUAAUUCUUCUGUCAACUUCGCUAAUAUGAAAAACCUCAACACAAAGGACCUCGAUCUGUUAAAGAAACUAAUCAAACAAAUACAGGCUCAUAAAAGUGCAUGGCCUUUUAUGGAACCAGUAGAUCCUAAUGAAGCACCCGAUUAUUAUAAAGUGAUAAAAGAACCAAUGGAUUUGCAAACUAUUGAAUUAAGGAUAAAUGACCGAUCCUACAAGAAAUUGAGCGAAUUCAUUGGUGACAUGACGAAGAUAUUUGAUAACUGUCGAUAUUAUAACCCGAAAGAGUCACCGUUUUUUAAAUGCGCCGAAUCUUUGGAGACUUACUUUGUCCACAAGAUUAAAAGUUUGAGAGAAAAGUUCUCAGAAGGGAAAUAAGUCAAUCAAAAAAAAAAAGAAGAAGAAGAAGAGAAAAAAGAAAAGAAAAGAAAGAACUGACAUAGCCAUAUAUGGAAUCGAAUUGAAGUGGAAGUGCACGAAAAUGAAUUUAGUGUAGUGCGCUUUACAGAGAACAAAACAGAAGAUGGAACAGUUUGUGCCAGUACAGUACACAUAGAAAAAACUGAAACUCUCUCGGAAUAGACUUAAGUAUGUAAAAGUAGAGAAGGCACCGGUCUCCGCUAUUUAUUAAUAGUUGUGUGAACAUUUUCCUUUCCUCUCCCACUCCCUUACUGCAAUUUACGAGUUUUCAGUUCCAAUUGUGCUGUACGAAGUGUGAAUUUUAGACCAGAACUUACCGCUCGUAUCAUAGUAUCGCAAUCAAUUUUAUCUACAAAAAUCUACCUUUAUUUUUGCCGUCUAUUAUUGCGAAAAAGGGAAAGUAAAUCAUAUAGUAACGUUCACUUUUUUAACAAUUAUAUUAUUAUUAUUAUUAUUAUAUAAUAUAUAAUCAUGUAUCAUAAUACUUUUUCUGUUUAUUAAGCCCCUUUUAUUCGUCGUCAUCUUUUUUGAUGCAUGAAAAUGGAGGGUUUGGCAGAUCUUGUAAGAUCUGCUUUUUUCUUUUAACAUGCUUACUGGCCGUCCAAUUUUACAGUCGUGACGAUAUGCAUCGUUCUUAGUCACUCUCCAAACCCUCUCUACACUUCCAGUAACACCUCAUGAAAAUAGUCGAUGUGAAUUUUCUUUUAAAAAAGAAUGUGAUUUCAUUUAAACACGUUCAAGUAACAAGAAUUUUAUAUUAGGUCUCAUUAACAUGUACACGAGUCUCAUACAUUCUGCGAACAAUGAACGUGUUGAAUAUUAAACCGCAUCCGAAUUUUAUGAAAUGCUUGCCUCUUUCUCGCGUUUUUUUUUACAAGAAAAGAAAUGAUUGGAAGAUUGGAAGAAUCGAUUGGAAAAUAAGAAGAAAGACAAAUUUGUAAUGUCCAUUGCGAACAUAAAGUAAUGUGUAAAUUAAUUCUUUUUGAAUCAUCGAAUUCUCAUUCUCAGAAAUAGCAUUGUAAUAAGACAAAGUCUGUAAUGCGUGAUUUAACUUGAGAUCGCCUCUAAAAUUAGCGUAUUUAUUUAUCCCAUUUUAAUUUUUAAUUCUUGCGAUACUCAGAAGUGUGUCAUCUUUUAUGCAACGAAUAAGUUUAUAAUAGCUUUCAGAAAAACAGGUGGAAAUCAAUACAAAAUGAUGUAAUUAAAAAGAUAUGAGCUCGAAUAGAUGAAAGUCUGAAUU